ACUUGAUCUGAACGUCGCACAAUCGCGAGUGUUACGUCAUCACCGUGUGACUGUUUACAGUGAGCUAGCAUACUGUCUAUGUGAGCUAGCCAGUCAAUGGAGCUAGCCUAGCCUAGCCCGUUCCAAUCUGGUUCCAAUGGCCCGUUCUCUUAAUACAUCCAUGGGCUAGCAUGCCUCUUCAUCUCUAGCUAGUUGUAGACAGUUUCCACCCGUUGCCUUGUAACUUUAGGAGAAUGAGCAUGGAUAUGACAUUCCUGGGGACCGGCUCGGCCUACCCGUCUCCUCAGCGCGGUGCCUCGGCUCUGGUGCUGCGGACACAGGGGGAAUGCUGGCUGUUUGACUGCGGGGAGGGAACACAGACCCAACUGAUGAAGAGCCAACUCAGAGCCGGUCGAAUAACCAAGGUUUUCAUCUCCCACUUGCAUGGAGAUCACCUGUUUGGUCUGCCUGGUCUCCUUUGCACUGUGAGCCUCAACACCAACCCCGAGCAGCAGAACAUGAACUGUGUGGACAUCUACGGGCCCCGGGGCCUUCGGCACUUUUUAAGAGUGACUCUUGGCCUCACAGGAUCACAGCUGCUCUUCCCUUAUGCAGUACAUGAGCUGGAGCCCACAACUGACCAGAGUCCAGAAGAGGGACAACUCAGUCUGGAGAUGACAGUGGAGUGCGGUCCUCUGCACCCACAGGAGCAGCAGGGCAGGACAAUCUCCCUGGAUGUCUCCAGUGACUGUUACCUCCUCUUUGAAGACAAGAAGUUUGUGGUCAAGGCCUUUAGGUUGUUUCACCGCGUCCCCUCCUUUGGUUUUUGCAUUCAGGAGCAUGAUCGAGCCGGAAGACUGAAGACUGAAAUCCUUAAGGAACUAGGCCUGAAACCAGGUCCACUUUAUGGGCGGCUGAAAGCUGGCGAGCCUGUAACUCUGGAGAGCGGGCGUGUUGUUUUGCCUGGUGAGGUGCUAGAAGAAGCCAUUCCUGGGAGGAAAGUCUGCAUCUUAGGAGACUGCAGCUCAGUUCUUGGGGAAGGACCACUGAGGUUGUGCAAUGGAGCGGACGUUCUGGUUCAUGAGGCCACCCUUGGGGAUGAGCACAGAGAGAAAGCAGUGGACCACGGACACAGCACACCUAAGAUGGCGGCAGCGGUGGCUCGGGCUUGUUGUGCGCAGAGGCUAGUGCUGUACCACUUCAGCCAGAGGUACAAACCCUGCUCCCUGCAGAAGGAAGGAGAAGAGGAUGAUGUCUCAGAGCUCAAGAGACAGGCAGAUGAUGCUCUACAGGACAGUGGUGUAGAAGUAACUUUGGCUGAGGACUUUCUUACUCUACCCAUUCCUCUCAGAAGACCAAGAUAAUGAACUACUAAUGUAGUUUUUAUAUUGCCUCAUUACAUAUUGACAAUCUCAUGUGUUAUGCUUGUUGUUCAUGUUUAACAAAAGAAAAAAGAAAAAAAUCAAUGUUUAUGUACAAUUCUUA